UUCGCCGAUCUAGGACUUCGGCCAGUGUCUCUAUGGCUUACCCGCUCCCGAAAACGCGCCUGAGGCCUGGAAGCGGAGCUGGCGCCCGCUCGCUUCCCCGUUGGGCCAUGUAACUGACACUGUCGCCAUGGAGCCUCCCGACACGAGGGUCCUCCUUUUCCCUUCGGAGGAGACGCAAGAUCCUCCCCUGCCAAAUGAAGUUUUAACCUCUGUGGUGCCAAAUCUAACCCCAAGACAUCAAGACCUCAUCCCUACCCCAUGUGGCCCUAUCAAACCUUGGUCGGAGCUGUCCUCUCCGGUCAAGAUCUAUUUCUGUGUCACCAUCCUCUCCCUGUUGAGCGUCAUCGGAUUAACCAUAGAGAACCUCGUUCAGCAGAAGGACGAAGACUUCACUGUCUCUCUCAUUCAGCUGAUUGGCGUUGUCUUCUGCAUCUACUACGUGAGCCGGGGCAUCUUGCAAGAGAACCGCCAGGAGCUCAUCGUCUUUGUCCUCUCCGUCGCGCUGGUCAUGCUGCGCUCAGUCGUCAACUUCAGCGUCCUGCCUGCCGAGCAGAAGCCCAAACUGCUCGCCCGCUUCGUCCUGAUCCUUUUAGUCGGCGCCUUCGACGUGAUCUGUGCCGUUGUCCUCAUUCAGACCGAGAGCAUGAUGGCCUUCCGGGUGGGCGGGGCCUUGGAGAGCCUCCAGGCCCAAUACUUCAUGCUCAACCUCUGCUUUUCCAUGCUGACCUUUGACCUCCAGGCUCAGAUCUUAAAAGAGUUAAAACCUCUAGCCUGGAUUUUUCUGAGUCAGAAUUUGCCUGAGGUUGCUUAUCUCGCCUACCUGAUCUACACGGUGAUUGAAGAGUGGGGACAAGGGAGUUCCUAUGCUUUGGAAGCGGCUGUCAUCACCUGUUCCUGCAUCUCUGUGAUGAUCAAAAGUGUCCUGUUCUGGGCGUUGUUCCAUGUCUACCACAGCUUUGGGCAAGGGCUGAGAGAAAGGAUGUUUUCUUCCUAUGGAAGGAUUGACUCGUGAAGCACGAUGCCUUCUCCAGGUACAAGGCGGCACUCUUACAAAGUGAAGGUGUGCUGCGAGAGAUCAGUUCCCUGCUCCAACCGAAGAAAGUGGGGCCCCAAAAGGCAGGUCUCAGCAGGAGCAGCUUGACCACAGUUCAACAGAAGACGUUUGCACAACCCUCCACCUCCUGGGGCUUGUUGCGGGAACUCUGCUCCAUCAAGCUCGAGUCCUUUCGCCAAACAGCUCCUGCAUGCAGCAACCCCGUCAAGAUUCCUCCGGUGUGUUUUGUUUGUUUACGCUAAAUACCACUUCACCCAUUGCCCCACCUUCGAAACAGCUGCCAGGACGACCCCCUCCUGCCAUGGCUUGCCUCCCAAAGGUGAGUGUUGCCGAUGGACCUGUCAUUUGGUGCUUUCUUCCUCAAGCGUAAUCCUGCACCUAGAUUAGCUUUGGGCAUUGGAAGCCUGGCGAGGAGGGCCUAGGCGACAGGCCCAGCACUGUGCACCCUCAUUUGCCGUAUUUCACUGCCUAGAUCCUCAUCCUGGCAAACGAGGAGCUGACAUUCCUCCAAAGUUUUAUCUGUUUUAAGAUGACAGCCCCCAUCCGGUGAAAUUUAUGCCUCUCCCAUAGAACCAAAGAUUAGAAACCUAGCGGAAGGAAAACACAGGCAGCUUGAUGCUUUCGUGGGCUGCUUAAAAAGUUAAGUGAGGACCACAUGCAGCCUUUAGGACACACCACCUCUAGAUGUUCUGGACUGCAGUUCCCAUCCGCCCCAGGCACCGUUGGCUGGGCUUGAUGGGAGUUGUAGUCCAAAACAUUUCUUGGGUGCAAGCUUAGCAAAGGCUGCUCGAAACCCAGCGCCUCUGCGGUUUCAAAGCCAUCUUGCCUGCCAUUAACCCAAAUCCAAAUGGGUGUGUUUGGUUUGAAGCUGGAAAUACGGCUCAAACUGCAUAACCACCAUGACCCCUCUGGCCAGCCACAGCCAUUUCCCCAUCUAGCCGAUAACCUACAGCCCUGGCAGAACAACACCCAAGUACUGAUGUUGGUGUGUGCUGAAGUUACCUGGUGGCUUCCGUGCUGCUGAAGACCUUCACGGUGGCAAGACAUGCUGUUUUUACUUGUCUUGGCACUCUUGCCUCUGGUCCAAUCCCUUUGGUUGAGGGCUGAGGGCCUGAGAAACAGGAGAGCCUCAAGUUCCAGUUUUGCCCCAGGAAGAGUGGCUGAUUCAGCACCACCAGAACGGUUGAAAAUUUGGGGCAAAGGGAAGGCGCCCGCCCCAAAGGUUACAUGGAGAAGGGCUGCCCCCCACCCCAGCCAACUCCAGAAUCUGACUCCAAGGAGUAUGUCUGUGCCUUAAACAGGAGAGAGAUUCAGACAGGCACGAGGAAUCUGCGGCUCCCCUGACGUUGCUGCCCAGUGCCUACCAUCCCUGACCAACAGCAUCUGGAAGGUGGCACUAAAGCUGCUGUGCGGGGAAGCUCUGGCCCACCAGCUGUGCCAAACUCCCGGCUCCCAUCAGCACCAGCCUGCAUGUCCAGUGGGAGUUGUAGUUCAGCAAACAACCAGAGGCUUCCCCACACACCUGCACCAAAGCAAAGGGUGGGCAUCUUGUGGCAAUUCCCCAUAUGUUCAACUACAGCUCCCAACAGCCCCAACUGUUGGCUGGGGCUAUUGAGUGUUGCAAGAACGUGGGGGGGGGGGCACACAGGUUCCUCCAUGCCUUUGCUAAUCCUACCCCACCCCGGAAAUGCUCGGCUUACAGCACUUUGGGGAGAGCUCUCCUUCCACCUGCAGUGCUACAAAGGGAAGGCAGACCCUCCCCGAGCCCCACGGAGGCACAGGCUAUGUUUUUGCCCGUUUAGAGCUGGGUGUCUUGGUGCCUGCGAGAUGCUUUGCCUUGGAAGCCUUAGCCCCUGUUGUUUCAAAGACAGCCUUUGCCAACCUGGUUCCCUCCAGAUGUUCUGGCCUACAAACCCCAGCUGUGCUGGCUGGGGCU